UUUCAUUUGAUUGUAUUGUAGAAGACACACGUUAAAUUGUUGAUAACAAAUAAAAUCAGGGAACUCCCAGAGAAUCCAAAUUACCAUGUCGAUUCAAAAGAAUUCUCUUGAUCUCGAUGACGCCUACGACGCUGAAGAAUUUCAAUGGCUAAUCGAGUGGUACAAUCAUUUUUACCUGGCGGCCGACAAGGACGAUCCGGCUUUGCGAAUGAAAAAGCUCAAACUGAAGUUGCGUCAAACUAAGGACCAGUUAAAGGAUGCUCUUAGGACUAACCAGGAACUCCGGAGGAACAAUGAAAAGUUGGCCUACGACUUUUACACACAAAAACUAAAACUGGAAGAAGGAGAUAAGAAAACCCCCUUGUCGGUGCAUCGGGACCAAGAACAGCAGAUAACCCUUGAACAGUUGACUCACGAACUCCAGUUCGUAAUUACGCAAAAGGAACAGCUUACGAUUGAGCGCGAUGGGAUGAUAUUGCAGUUGGAGGAGCAGGAGGCCAGGUAUAAAGGAAUGGUGGAUAAACUGGAGCAGCAGAUCCACUCGAUGCAGGUCAUCAUUUCGGAGUCGCAGCAGGAAAUCUGUCAGAAGGAGGAAAUGCGUAGCCAAUUGCUCCUGAAACUCGAGAAUCAGGCGCAAAUGCAUCUGCAACAAAUUGGGGCACAGAACCCGAGUCUUGAGGAGACCGAUGUGGACAGCAUUACUUGCCCUAUUUGCUGGGAGGCCUGGGAUGCGGAAGGAAGCCAUCGAGUCGUUUCUCUGGCUUGUGGCCAUCUCUUCGGGGACGCGUGCAUUCGAAGUUAUAUAGUACAAAGUGCCAACUGUCCAAUUUGCAGGCAGGCAGCAGAUAUCCAAGAUAUUCGCCGUAUAUUCGGUCGUCAAGUCAUGCCCAACCCAGCAAAUUAAUUUAUUACGUUGUAAAACAAGAAAUUUUUUUAGUGACCCGGAGCAAUAUCUAUAUUUGUGAUAAUAGUCACUGGACGAGACGAUAUCGCCAUGCCCGCAUGUUUUAAUACUCAUGUUUUAAUAAUAGAGGCCGCAGUUUAAACAAG